AUGUCUGCAAAAAAAAUAAAGUCGCCUAGUCACAAGUGUUUCCCCACAACUAGAGGGCAUGAAAUAAAAAUUAUAUCCAAAAUAGAUUGUUUCAUCAAUUCAAAUGCUAAAAUGACAUAAAGUUGUAAACAAUAAGUAGAGCAUCAAACAGAUUUAAAUUAAAACAAAACUGUUUCAAUAAAAGCUCAAAAUAAAAAUUCUUAAAAUGCAGACAAAGAGGCUUUAAUCAAUUAGUUGUUAUUAAAAAACUUAAAAUUAAAAGAGGAAGGUGAUAAAAAAAACAAACUCAUAGAAAUGCUCAUUGAUGAUAGAACAGAAAUCAAAAGAGUUACAAGUUUACAUCUUCCUUAAGAUAAGGAUAAUUAACAAUCAAAAUCUAAUUUUAGGUUAUAAAGUCCCAAUCAUAUGGAAUUUACUUUUUAUAAAAGUCCUAAUAAAGGCUUGCCAAAAGAAUUUUAAAUUACUCCCUCAAAGAAAAUGUUCUUCUGA